GUGCGCCGGUUUUCGUUGAAGCGAGGCGCGUUUGUGGCGGCUCCUUUGCAUUCGCAGUGAUUCAUCGUCGUGUGAUGACUAAGUGAACUUUGGCAUGAUUAUGAUGAGGUCCAAUACCCAAACGAAGAUCAACAAACCGCCGCCUCCGGUGCCGCCGCGGCCCUCGAAGACGAUCGUCGCCGAGGCUCUGGCCAAGUCGAGGAAACCGGAAAAGUAUCAGGCACCAGUCGUCAAAUCACAAUCCUACUCGGCUAUCAACAAUUACGACAAGAUCGUGAAGAUUGAGAGAGGACAAUCCGUGGAGGAGCCACCGAGACCAGCGACCAGGACCUUAGUUUACCAAUCAUCGAAUGCUAAAAGUGUGGGAACUAUACAGGAGAUCAAAGUGAACAUAAAUCGAAAGGAGUCCUUCAAGAAGGAAAAUAGUGUGUCCAGGACGAGCAGCUUCAAAGCACCGCAACCUCCGGAGAAUGUAUCCAAGAUAUCCUUCUCCAAUAACUGUUAUGAGAACUCUGUGAGCAUAACAUUCAAGGAUCCGAAGACGGCGGAUUUGUCUCGCGAUUCCAGUUUGGAGUCUUUGGGAGAAUCCGAGGAAUUAUCAAGGACGUCCAGCAUCAAAACGAAUGAUAUCGUCAGCUCGAUAGACUCGGUUCUCGGCGAAGAUGAAUCCAACAGCUGGUCUGAAAUCAAUGACAGGAAUCAUGUGAACACGCUGAUCGAUGAGAUGUUUGCGAGUGUGCUGGACCUUCCGGACGAGAAGGAACAACUCCCUGUGCAGGUGAUCAACGAGAACGUCACAUUGCCUGAGAAGAUCACCAUCCAGCAGACCUUCGCCGAUGAGCCGGAGAAGACGGUGCUCGUCAUCGACAACGAGCGCAAAGUGCACUUCGAAAGCGCGGAAAAGAAGUUCGACGAUAAGCGAAACCACGAGAUGCUGAUCUCCGAGUUGGCUAAUAUGAAGCACGACCGCAUCUCGAAGAGACAACGGAAGCCAUCCGUUGAGCUCGAACCAAAAAUUCAACACUCCGACUGGGUGGAAGUGAACAACGGCCAGGAGAUCCGGCUCUCGAGUUGCCAGAUCACAAUCGAGAAUGAUCACAAUAGGUUUCAUUCCAGGAUGUCGAAUUUGCACGGGCUGCCGCCACUGCCGAAGAGCCUCAGCGGGUUUAACUUGAUCGAGAACAGCCCCCAGACACCCUCCAACAGACCCGGCUCUUCGAGGAAUACCACAGCCCCCGCCUACAACUACCAGCACAAGAACGGAGAUGUCGGAUCCCUCAAGAAGGCCAACAAUCUCGAUGCCAAAUUGGCUCUCCUCCGAAGGGAAAUG